UCAUGGUGCAGGCGGGCGGGGAGCGAAGCCAGAGGCGGCGAGGCCCGUGUGCGGGGGGCGGGGGCUCGUGCCGGGCCUGUCGCUGUCACGGUCCCUGUCACAACAACAGCCGCGGCUCGGCAGGCGGGACUUCCGGCUAGCUUGUUCCCCGGCAACAACUUGAGCAUCCGCGCUUCCGGCCGGUGAUCACGGGGCGGGGCUGUAGCAUCUGGGCACGGCAUCACCUGCCGGGUGCGAAGCCGCCCGCAGGCUCCCGGAGCACUCGAAGCCGCUCCAAAGACUUCAUCGCCCCUGCAGGUUUCCCCAUCCCGCUGCCGGGCGCUGUCUCCCCGACAACCGCGGGAGGCAGCGGUGCGCGUUCAUUGGCUGAUACGCCCGUCCCCUCGGCGCUGAUUGGCGCGGCGUCUCGUCAGUCCGACGCUCCGCCCAGUGCAGCGCUGAAGGCGCGGGCGGGGGCGGCCGGCGCGAAUGCGGGCUUGCGUGCGGGUGGUGCUUGCGGACGCUGAGGGCCGCUCGCCAUGGCUGGCGUGGAGCUGUUCUCGCAUCCCGCGCUGUACACGCGCUACCGGGCUGGGUUCUGCUCCGCCGCUGCGCUGGCGCUGUUGCUCAUCACGGCGCUCACCUAUGUGCCGCCGCUGCUGGUGGCCUAUAGGAGCCACGGUGAGCGCCACUGGACUCUACGCGGCCCGGCCGGGCCUGGCGCAGUCCUGAAGCCUCGUGCUGUUUCUGCCCUCAGGUUUCUGGCUGAAGCAGAGCGCGUACCUGGAGCAGCCCACUGUUCGUUUCCGAUACGAGGCUCUCUUCGUCGCCACUAUCGGUUCCGGACCGGGCAGCUUCUUGGCGUGGAGCACAUUCCCAGCGUUCAACAGGCUCCAGGAGGACCGGCUCCGAGUCCCGCUUCUGUCGGUAGGCCUGCCGGGGGCGGCCCGGCAACAGUGGCGAGAAGUGAGGCUGCAGAGUGGGGCCAGUGGACCGGCAGCCGGCUCAGGGCACGAGUGCUGAUGGCGCAUUUGAGCGGGUGGCCCUUCAGGCACUGCUGCCUACAGACUAGAGAAGAAGACAAAAAUCAAGAUGGCAAAAUGGAUCAGCUGCAUUUUAAACUGGAACUUCCAUUACAACCAACAGAGCAUGUAGUUGGUGUUCAGCUGAUUCUACUCUUUUCCUACCAGCUUUAUAGAAUGUCAACAUUUGUGAUGCAGAGCAUGGCUUUUCUUCAGUUUUUUUCUCCUGUGCCAGGGUCUCAGCUCUAUGUGAAUGGAGACUUGAAAUUAAACCAGAGGCAAUUACUUAACCACUGUGGACUGGAUACCAGAUACAAUGUGUCUGUGGUCAAUGGCACAAGUCCUUUUGCAAGUGACUAUGAUCUAGCAAACAUCAUGGCAGCAUAUUGGGAUAGAAAUGUGACAACAGUAUUUUCAGAUCCCAGCCCUGUUUGGAUGACUGGAAGAGCAACAGAUACACCAUUUAUCAUUAAUGCCACCAUUCAUUAUCCAGUGGAAGUUAUCUUAUAUCCUUCAAAAACUGCACAAACUGUGACAUAACAGGGUUAUAGUAAUUAAGCCUGAACCACAAUGUUGCUAAACUUUUUUUGGGGGGGGGGGUUUGUUGUUUUUUUUGUUUGUUUGUUUGUUUUGUUUUGUUAGCUAAGCAAAUGCUACCGUUCUGGAGUGGAUGAAAUACCUAUUUGUCCAUUCCUUCAGAUGGUUGUGCCUUUAUAACCACUUUUUUGCUUUUCUUACCCAUUGGUAACCUGUGUUGCUUUUCAGCUUUGCUAAAAAGGCCUUUAAAGCAGUUUGUUAGCUAUUGUCAGGGAAUAUUCGUAGUACAUCUUGCUUUGGGUUCUGCAGUACCUGCUGUCCCGAUCUGUCACAGAUGCCACUCACAAAGCAUGACACUGUAGUCUGUGACCUAAAGCAAAUGAUUAGAAAUCUGUAUGCAACAUCAUCUCACCAAAUAAUAACUCUCGCAGUGGGAGGUUGUUACAUCUGUUCAUGUGCAGACAGACCGGAAUUUUUUUCUUUUGAAAAAGUAACUCUUCAUUCAUUAUAUUCUUUGUUCUUUUUCUUAGACAAGAACAAGUCUGCAUUUAGAAGAAUCUGUAUGGAGCACACUUCUUACAAGAUUUGUUUACCUGCCUGAAUAUUAACAAUAAGUACUUCCUGAUGACUCAGGCACAAAGUACGUACUUUAUCUAGAAUUGGUUUAAAUGUCUUCUAGGACAGACAUUCUCUCCAGCUUUUGUUUCCUACCGUGGUGGAAGGCUUUUAGGUGUUUCUAUGGUUCACAGGUUUAGCAUUUGUGACACAAACCGAUGCCUUAAUAAGGUUUGUGCCUAGGAGUUUCCUUGUUUAGAUAUUGCAAUGGCAGCAUUAGAAGGUUCUCUAUUAACGCUCCUUGACUUUCUUUACAUAUCAGCCAGGAUUCUGGGAAAUUAUUAAAUUUGCCUGGAUCCAGUAUGUCAGCAUCCUCCUUAUCUUUCUUUGGGUGUUCGGUAGGAUUAAGACAUUUUUGUUCCAGAAUCAGGUGUUGACUACAAUUCCAGUAUCACCAGUUCUGCCUGUAUCUCCAGUACUAUCCUACAAACAGCACCAGUCCUGAAGAGAUGCCUGAGAAGAAUUUAUAGAAAUGCCAUUCAAAAAUAGCUACCUGAUUUUCUUCUCUAUACACUUCUUACCUCAGAAGAUCAAAAUUUUGUAGGUAUGUUCCAAGUAUGUAUGUUCCAAGUAUGCUCUGUUUGUGCAUCCUUUUAAAAAUACAUGUUCAUUCAUCUAAUUUCUUUAGGAAAACUGCUUUGGAGCUGGAAAAGUUUAUAUUUUUGCCAGUAAAAAAGAACCUAGUUAUUUUUUUGUAACUGGAACAUGCCUCAAAAACCAUCUUGAAAACUGAAAAUAAUAUGCUAAAAGUAACAACAUUAACUGUUUUUACUUCUUGUAAAUCAAUUCACUGCAGUCUUAGAGCUGUCAAGAGUUAUUUGUACAUGCAUUUAUGUGCACCAUGAGGUGAAAAACUGCAUGGAUGAGUUAAGGUCAGAGAUGCACUUCUGUAACUGUGGCUAUGCAUACCAAUUUAAUUAUUAAAUUGGCUGAUGAAUAAAUUCAAGGUUGAUGUGAGAAA